AUUGUCGCUAGACGUCGGACGUGGAUUGACAUUUCUCGACUGGAAACGGUGUGUGCCAGUGUGUGCUAUAUAUAUCUGAAGGUACUGGAAACAUAUCUUGGAUCCUGUAGAAAGGGGACAGGGGAGCGAUCCCUUUCUUUGUAGUGCUAGAGAGUUCCUGUGGGUUUCCCACAGUUUCCUGUUGUGUGGCCGGGCUCAGUGGAUGGUAGAAAGAUUGGAAAUGUGAUAUGCGUGAUUACUGGGGACGGAACCCAGUAGCAGAUUAAGAAGUUAAAGUGUUAUGAGAAAAGUGCUGGCUCCCGGAGUCGGAUCAAGCUUUAUUGUAGGUCGAGGGCAGUGAAAAUGAUUGCACUGCAGGUUUUCUGCAAGUGAAUAGCGAAAGUGUUGUGGUUUGCUGCUCUAUUUGUCGAUGCAUUUCACCUUUUGUCGAUCAACUUCCCCGCGUGUUUUUAAGUGUUUGUGUGUGUGUGCAUUUGUAUUGGUGCUAGUGGUGGCUUUCAAACAGAAAUUUAUUGACUGCACUUAGGCGCUGUGCUAGUGAACGAAGCGAAUAUGUGUCAAGAUUUGUUUAGUGUUUUUCCGUGAAUGAGAAAAACUUCCAGUGUUUCCGACUGCCCGUGAAAUUAAUUGCUAGCCGUAAAAAUUUCGAGUGUAAAAUAAUCCACUACUGGCGAUACUCGUAGAAACACGGCCUUGUAGUGAACGGGUCAGUGUCAGUGUGGCAUCUGGUCACGGCAAAAUCGACAUCGACGACGACGACGAGCUUUGUGAAACCCGAAUGGGGAAAUGGGGAAAGCAUUGUUUAUGCAAAUUAUGUCCGUGUAACAUGUGACCAGCGGUUCCGUGUCGCGUUUUGGGGGGAUUCUUCGGGAGUGAUGGGACAGAAGGCUCGAAAGUUUUUCGAUUACAUCCACGUGUGAAAUGGAUACCAACUUGCCAUAAUCAUGAAACAUAUUCCAAUAAAUAUGUGUCUCUGUGUCCGUGUAUUCCCCGAAGUGCAGUUAUGUGAAUAUCGCUUCUAUGUUGAAAAAGUUGUUGUUUGACGAGAAAAGAAAAAAAAAUAGACUCGCCGUUCUGUCGAUGCGGCAAUAUUUCAGCGAGUGGAAAUCGGAAUGGAAAAUUCGGUGGCAAUUUACAUAUUAUUGUGUGUGUGUUUGGCUGUGAAUUUUAUUGCUGCACCACCGACAGCAAAAUAUUAUUUUCUUGAUGUUCUCUUCGAUGUAUUUUCAAUGUCCGGAAGGCUCGUGCUUUAAAGGGAAUUUGGGAAAGAAAAAUACGAAAUCAAAUAGUGCGCUGCGUAGGAAUUGUGUUUAGCGAGCUGCUGCCGAAAGAAAGAAAAAAAAGUGUAUAUCGUUAAAUAGAAAAAAACACAUCCUACUAUGAGGAAAGGUGAAACGUAAAAAAUAAGUUCCGAUAAACUCAGCGCGUGGAACACAGCAAUAUUGAAUUAUUGCUUCAAGUGGUUCGGGAAUUUUCCCAGCUGUUCUGUUUCGCCCCCCCACAAGUCGAUUCGACGUUUCUUGUGAUUGUGAAAUAGCGUGCGUAGAUCCGUGGAUGAUAAACAAAACAAUUCCAGCUCUUCACUAAAGUAUACCGACGAAGAAAGUUUGUGCAGAAAAAAAAGAAAUAGCAGCAGGUCAACCCGACGAGCGGAAGGGGAAAGAAGAGUAGAGCAGAAAAGCGAAAAAAGGAAAACUUUAAAAUUAAUUAUCAUACACCCAGCAGUAUAAAUUGUAUUCACUCAUAGCGGAGCAAUGCGCAACCCCAUCGAUCGUUUGAGGCUGUAUCACUUUGUAGAUAAAUAACAAACCAAACCGACAGAUGAAAUUCUAACUCCGACUCACACCCGCACACGCACAACACGGAAAAUUCCGUGUCCGCUUCAGGGGAAACCAGCAGCAAAAUCGAACGUAGAAGAUACGGCUUGAUUGGUUUUUGUCCAACUGCAACCCCACGCGAACUCACAGACAUCGCGCUUCCGAGCAGCUGCUCCCGAAAGGCAGCGAGUUUUUGAAGGGAAGUUGCGUGUCUAUGGUGGGACAGUUUUUCAUGACGGGAAAAUGCUAAAACAGAAAAGGAAUGCCAAACCGAUGCAUGCGCAGUCGAUUUUCUUGCUUUCGUGUUAAAGAAAUGUAAACAAUGGGUUUUAACGGAUUCAUGCGCACCGCCCGAAGCUGGAUUGAGGCGAACUUCCAAAAGCGCGAGUGUAUCAAGUUUAUCCCCAACGUGAAAAAUGAGGAUGUAUGCUGCUGUGGACAGGAACGACGGACCCAUCAGCUGGUGCCGGGAAUCGAACCGGGAACUGCGGGUGACUUCUGGCAACCUCAGAAGCACACCAGGCCACAGCCGACCGAUGCUUACGGGACGAUCGAGUUUCAGGGCGGAGCACAUCCGACGAAAGCUCAGUAUGUUCGGUUAUCGUACGACACAAGGCCCGAGCUGCUGGUUCAGCUCUUCACCCGCGAGUGGAAUCUCGAGCUACCCAAGCUGCUCAUUACCGUGCAAGGUGGGAAGGCGAAUUUCGAGCUACAACCAAAGCUGAAAAAGGUGCUCAGGAAAGGACUGCUGAAGGCGGCAAAAACGACCGGCGCCUGGAUCUUCACCGGAGGAACCAACACAGGUGUCACCAAGCAAGUAGGCGAUGCUUUGCUACUGGAAGGACAGCAACGAUCCGGACGGGUCGUGAGCAUCGGCAUCGCGCCGUGGGGCAUCGUCGAGAGGAACCACGAGCUGCUGGGACACAACCGGGAUGUUCCUUGCCAUAGUAUCAGUUCGCCACGCUCAAAAUUGGCUGUGCUAAACAACCGUCACGCGUACUUUCUCCUAGUCGAUAAUGGCAGCCAGGGACGCUACGGUGCGGAAUUGAUCCUGCGGCGGAAGCUGGAAAAAUACAUAUCCAAUCAAAAGUUGCAACCCUAUAAAGCACUUUCGGUUCUAAUGAACUUUCACUACAAAGUUACGCACUCGAGCACCCCCGUAGUCUGCUUGGUAAUCGAAGGUGGUACGAACACGAUCCGAGCAGUGCUAGAAUACGUCACCGACAACCCGCCAGUGCCGGUAGUAGUGUGCGACGGUUCGGGCCGGGCUGCCGAUUUAAUCGCAUUUGUACAUAAGUAUGCCUCCGAUACGGGCGAACAGGUUGUGCUGGAAUCGAUGCACGACUAUCUGCUGGGCACGAUCCAGAAAACCUUCGAGGUGGGACCAGAACAGGCCGAACAGCUCUACCAGGAACUGAUAUUGUGUACUAAGAAUAAGAAUUUAAUAACCGUUUUCCGAAUACAGGAUCGACCCGAGGGCAACGCUCAGGAACUGGACCAAACCAUACUGACUGCACUUUUUAAAUCCCAGCACUUGAGUCCACCGGAGCAGCUGAGCUUGGCGUUAACCUGGAACCGGGUGGACAUUGCGCGGUCCGAGAUAUUCGUGUACGGCCAGGAGUGGCCACACGGGGCACUGGACGAAGCGAUGAUGCAGGCGCUGGAACACGAUCGUAUAGACUUUGUUAAACUGUUGCUAGAGAAUGGAGUUUCGAUGCGAAAGUUCCUAACCAUACCUCGGCUAGAGGAAUUGUACAAUACGAAACACGGGCCUGCGAACACUUUAGGAUACAUUUUAAGGGACGUUCGUCCUCACAUACCAAAGGGAUACGUUUACACCCUGCAUGAUAUAGGGUUAGUGAUAAAUAAGCUGAUGGGAGGAGCCUAUCGAUCCUAUUAUACACGACGGAAGUUUCGGCCAAUCUACGCUAAGGUUAUGAAUAGCUAUGUCAACACCCACCGGAAACCGUCUACGUUUGCCCGGUCUGCCGGGAUCAAUUCGAUGAGUUUGGUUACCGGACUGCUGCCGGUGACAUCCGAUAUGGCCUUAUUUGAGUUUCCUUUUAAUGAACUUUUGAUUUGGGCAGUACUUACGAAACGGCAGCAAAUGGCACUGUUGAUGUGGACGCACGGCGAAGAGGCACUGGCCAAGUCGCUGGUGGCUUGCAAACUGUACAAAGCAAUGGCUCACGAAGCCGCGGAUGAUGAUCUGGAUACGGAGAUCUACGAAGAGCUGAGAAGUUACGCGAAAGAGUUCGAAUCGAAAGGACUGAAACUGCUGGAUUUCUGCUACCGCCAGGAUGCGGAACGUGCUCAAAGGUUACUGACGUGUGAACUACAAUCGUGGUCUAGUCAAAGCUGUCUUUCGCUGGCCGUAGCGGCUAAUCAUAGAGCUAUCCUCGCCCAUCCUUGCAGCCAGGUCAUUCUUGCCGAUCUGUGGAUGGGUGGGUUGAGGACGAGAAAAAAUACAAAUCUUAAGGUUAUUCUGGGACUGCUGGUGCCUCCGUUCGUCAAAAAGCUGGACUUCAAAUCGAAGGAGGAACUGCAGCAGAUGCCUCAAACCGAAGAGGAACACCUCGAGAAUCAAUGUCUCGAUUACGACGACAACGGCAAGCACAAUCCGGACGCAGAGCAACAGAAAACGCAUGACCGGACGCCCACGGAUAACGAGAAACCUGUGUGCGAACACAGUCUGACCCCGUCCGCGCAGGCACUUUUAUCCGACACGUACUCUAUGAAAGAUACCAAAGUGCAGGAGAAUGGAAAAUUCGUCGGAUCACUAGCAGCAUUCACGGUAGGUCUGACCGGAUGUCUGAAGCCAAAAGUUUCACUGACCGAUUCGGAAAACACCCAGUACAAGGACUACAUGUACGAUCACGACAUCCGACACCGUCCGCUCAAGUUGAAGAAAAAAUUCUACGAAUUCUACACCGCUCCCAUCACCAAGUUCUGGGCGGAUUCGAUGGCGUACGUAUUUUUCCUGGUGAUGUUCAGCUAUACGGUGCUGGUCCGGAUGGAACCGUAUCCCAGCUGGCAGGAAGUCUAUUCGAUAGCCUACAUCACAACGUUGGGCUGUGAAAAAAUCCGGGAAAUCGUUUCUUCGGAACCGGUGGCGAUCUCUCACAAAUUUUCCGUUUGGGCGUGGAACAUGUGGAACCCGUGCGAUGCGGCGGCCAUCAUCUUCUUUCUCAUCGGUUUGGUGCUUCGACUGCGGCCUUACACGAUGGACAUCGGCCGGGUGAUAUACUGCGUGGACAGCAUCUAUUGGUAUCUGCGAAUACUGAACAUCCUCGGUGUCAAUAAGUAUUUGGGACCGCUGGUGACGAUGAUGGGCAAGAUGGUGAAGAACAUGAUUUAUUUCGUCGUACUGUUGCUGGUGGUGUUGAUGAGUUUCGGUGUGAGCCGACAAGCCAUCCUAUUUCCCAACAACGACGCCAGCUGGAGAUUGGUGCGAGAAGUGUACUAUCAGCCUUAUUUCAUGUUGUACGGAGAGGUGUUCGCCGAUGACAUAGAUCCACCGUGCGGAGAGGAUCCUUCGCAACCGCAGUGUGUCACGGGACACUGGGUUACGCCUAUCGCCAUGUCCAUGUAUCUCUUGAUUGCCAACAUCCUGCUGAUCAAUCUGCUGAUUGCAGUGUUCAACAACAUUUUCAUAGAAGUGAAUGCCGUUUCACACCAGGUUUGGAUGUUCCAGCGUUUCACUGUUGUGAUGGAAUAUCAGCAAAAGCCAGUUCUGCCCCCGCCGCUGAUAGCGUUCUGUCAUUUCUACUCCUUCCUCCUGUAUUUGAUUAGGAAAGCAAAAGGCCUGCAACAAUCGCGAGAUAACGGUUUGAAGUUGUUCCUGGAAAAGGAAGACAUGGAAAGGCUGUACGACUUUGAAGAAGAGUGUGUUGAAGGUUACUUCCGGGAGCAGGACGCGCUCCUGCAACAGUCGACCGAUGAGCGCAUUCGGAACACCGAUGAACGCGUGGAGAACAUGUCCCAGAAGAUUGAGGAUAUUAAUCAAAAGGAGAAUAUGCAAACAGCAACGGUCCAAAAUAUCGAAUUUCGCCUUCGGAAGGUGGAGGAAUCGGCGGAUCAGAUUCUCUCCCAUUUGGCUGUGAUACAUCGAUUCAUGUCGGCUCACACGCAGAUUCAGGGCAACCUGAACGGAUCGAUUAGUAAUGUAAGCGGAACGGGUAUUAUGGGAAUAGGUAGUGGAAGCGGUGGCGGUGGUGGUGGAACCGGGGGAAGUGGCGGAGCAGGUGGGGUGGUAGUGUUCGAGACUCGCACGAGGACCAUAUCGGAAACUGAUAGCAAUAUUAUCUCGAUUAAUCCGAGAAAGAAAAUCAACCGCUCACUAACGGAAGUGCGACCGGAUGCGUACAUUUUCGACGAUGGAAUGCAUUUUGAGGUGCGAACGGUGCCGGAGGAGAACGAAAGUGACCGAUCUCCGGAAAAGACGCACGCGACUUCACAGGACCGCAAGCUGUCGAUACGUUCGGAAGAGUCCGACCUGUACCUGCCACAAUCGAAGGCUCUUUCACCGGCGGAAUCGUCCGGGUUGGUCCAAUCCAAGCCGUUCCUAAACGUACGACAGGAGACGGCCAGUACGGAGAGCAAAGAUACUCUAACGCCGCUGGAAAAUUGCGAUGACCGCACGUUGGUGGGCGAGGAAUCCGUCGAAGAUAUCGUCGAUACCAACAACGACGGGCUGCGGCAACGAACGGCUGCCAGAAGGAGAAACAGCUCGAUGCCCGGAGCUGGGCGGAGAAAUUCGGAAAGUGCGUCUUUCUUCGAUAUCAACAAGUCGCAAACCAGUUUGUAUCAGAUGAAUAUGAUCAAACGACAGCAGAGCAUCACCCAAUCCGAGCCGGACAGUGGAAACGAGCAGCCCGUUCAACGACCACCGACAAGAGGACGACAACUGCUGCUGCAGAUUCACGCAGAGUACACAUCCAUCACAGAUGAACUGGAAAGUGUUUGUCACAUGAUUACUUCUCCAACAUCGUCGUCUCGAGAAGAACGCCCCAAAAACGUCAAUGAAAUGAGCAAUCCGGAGUUUGCCGCACUUAUUGAGAAAAGACACCUGAAAGAGUGCGAAGAUAGUGACUACCUGAUGCUGGAGAAACUUCUGCAAACACGGUGUUCCAUAGAAGAGAGCGACGAAAUGUUCGACGAUGAUGUUCACGAUGAUUUCGGACAUCGGAAAAUGCUUCGUCGCGAAACGGCCAUCGAGCUUCCGGUGACACCGUCGAAGUCCAACAUCGUUUCACUGGCAGACAGCGCCACCGGCAAUGAAGACUUUAGUAUUAAAAACGAACGACAAUCGGUUUCGAAUCGGAACUCACUCCUCGAGUGUAAAACCUCUCCAGUGUCCUUAUCCGGUCAAAACUCUCCCCGAAACUCGCAAUAUCUGCAAUCUACAUAUCUCAACCCAUCGUCGUUCGAUGCGUCCCAUCGAAUUUACCGGAAAUCAUACGAAAGUUUGCAAAAGAACUCCAGUACGGACACGGAUUAUUCCUUGCAACCGUACAAAUUUAUCAAGCAAAGUUCCAACGAGACGAACAGCUCGAUCAACAUCGAUAACUCGUCGAUGACGAACGAUCUCUCGAUGGACGGAGAAACAAGCCUGAAUUCGACCGUAAUCGAACUGCUUGCCGGAAUGAAUUGCCCCCCGGAAGAUCGAAUAGGUUUCACCAAGCGAACAUCGUCACUCGGCAGUGCAACGGUGGCACAGUCAUCCGAGUUCCGAGCAGGUUUCCUCAAAAAGCAAUUUAGCAUAGAAAAGUCAGCCGGUUCGGGUAAGGCUUCGUGUUCGACUCCGGAGGGUUUGGAAAGUUUAGCUCCUCCUGCGAAGAUAACACCCGGAACUAGUGGUGCCAGUAAACCUAUUAAAUCCACUCGCUUCACCGACAAUCUCAGCGUAAUUGGAACAAAGACUGCGAUGGCACUGCUGAAGGAGAGCAGCUCGACUAGCACAGAGGACACGCAAACGGGACCGCUGAGGGAACCAAUCCCGUGCAUCAGCACCAAUCUGGUACAGGACGAAAUCGCCAAACUGUCGUCGAAUAUCAAGAGCAGCACCGAUGAAGACACGGAUCCGCCGAUCAACGAAACCAUGUGCUGAUUUUAGUUGUAUAUUUAGUCGGUAAGGUUUAAGGCUGACUCGUAGCAGCUGACAACGGCCAGCCAGCACACAUUUCCAUCCGCUGUACAAAAUUUCCCCACCUUUGUAAACCGACGACCUGAUCGCAAUAUCCUGGUGCCGGUUUGGUUGCCCAACCAGCGGAACCAGCAGCACAAAAUAAUUCGUGAUUUCUUUAGUAGUUUUAGUAAUGCACGCACCCCACUCACCGAAACUAGACAUUCAUCACGUUAACAGAUGGCAUGUUGGAAUAUGAUGAACCGUAUUAUGAUGUUAUGGGAAUUUUUAGCAGAGUUUAUGAGUAAAGAUUUAGUGAUAGUAAGAUGAUUGGUUGUUAGGUAAAUCGAAAAUCUGGCUUUAGAUUUAGGCUCAGAACUGAAUUAGAUUUUAUGCGAACAUGACAUAACCUCAAAAAAAUCAGCUGGACGAACGUCGUUUGACAGCAAUCAAUAGUUUGUUUAGGGUCUAACUGCAAAUGACAGUUACUUUUGGUUUACCUUUUCUUUCACGAUUUACCAGAUUGAUUUUAUAUUUGACGCCUUAUUCUUUGCAAAACUUUCAAGUUGAAACCACAAGCAAUCGAUUAAUAUUGGAAACUUUCACGAAAUUGCAGUAAUGGCUCGGUAAUAAUCAAAAGAGAAAAUAAACAAAGAGAUGCUCUCAUUUGUCGUGGGACCAUCGACUACCGCGCCUUCAUCGAUUAAAUCGUCGUCACUGCUGUUAUCAUGAGAAGCAUUCUUGUGUAGUAUUUUUGAACUAUGUUAUUCUCUGUUAUUUUUUGAAUUGUUAGUGUCAUUGUUAGCCGUAGCAGAUAAACUUUUUUCCAUGUGUUUUAUUGUUAUCAAUUCUCGUCUCAGAAGCGCUGGGAUUGCUUGUAGCAUGCACAGAAACAUGUGCCCUUGGACGUCUCCGAAUACUUGAAAAGUUUACCGAAGUGGGUAAGAUUUUGACAGUUUGUUCUUUCCACGCAGAGGAGAUUUUGUCGUGAAUACGACCUACUUUACUAUGGGGCGCCUUUUCAAAAUUUACCCUCUGGGAGAGUGAUAAGUUUUUGAUCGUGAAUAUCUCUUGUUAUACUUAACGCAACAACAUAAUUUUUUCUCCAUGCUCUCAGCAAUAGAAUCAGGAACUUAUGAUUAAAUUUUCAACAGUGUAAAAAAACCAUAAAUAACUCAAAAUCUAUUUUUUCUCAAACUUUUGGAAACAACGAGGAAAACUUAUCUCGUUUGGUUGCCUUUUUCGCACCAGGAUGACGGUUUUGAGGUAGUUAGGCACAUAUCAGUUGCGGUGUUCUACUGGCCGAGUGUAAUAGUUAAAUCUUGACCGAGAAUUGCUUUUUUUCUAGUACGUUAGAUGGAACUGGAUAUCGUGCUGAUGUUCUUCACCACCAUCAGUAAUAAUGAGGUGUUCAAAACUUCAAAUGCUCAGGUGGUGCUCUUCUUCGCAUUCAGACGUCGGGGCUAGCAGUAAACCAGCAGUAGUAUAGAACUGAUUUUUUAGUUAAAUUCAAGAACUUCAAAACUUCAACGGUUUUGAAGAAAUAAACGAUAUAUCAAAGGGAAAGCAUCGCUUUUGAGUGCAUAAGAUUAAUUUCUGAUUUAUAUAAGAUGAACUCGAUUGAUAAUGAGAAAAAGUUUAUCACUCCAAUCGAAAUCGCAGAAAGGUAGAGAACCGCUAUAAAAAUAACUGCUUGCAUACAAAACUUGAAUUCAAGCUCGGCGAAGAGAAGCUUAAAUAUCGAUAUCCGUAUCGCGAUCAUGUACAAACAUAUAAUUGCAUACAUUUGGGCUAUUGAUGUAAUUUCGUCGGCUACAAAACAAAUUCAAUUCACGAUAUUCUGGGUUCGCAGACUCUCGUGCAUUUGCGGAUUCAAAAGUGUGACGGUUAAUUGAAAAUGUCGGUCAUUAGCAAUUUUGGUUGCCUUGUUCCACAUCAAUGGCUCAAACAACCCCAUGGCAGAUCCUUGUAGUUUUAAGUUCCGAAUUUAGUUUCAUAUUUCUGUUUCAAAAUUUCGUUCCAGAUCACAGAUUCAGAAUUUAAAACAAUGACUCUAGAACUGAAUACUAUUUCAGGAUUAUGAAAAUGGUUCAAAUUCAGUUCCUUAUUCAGAAAUUAGAAUUCAAAGAUAUAAUUUAGGAUUUUUCAGAAUUCAUGAACAAAAUUCAGGAUAUGAAUUUUAGAUCUGGAUUCUGAAACUAAAUUUUGGGUCUGAACAACGAACCUUCAUUAAAAAACUACAAGGAUCAGCCCCAUGGGGUUGUUCGAGCCGUUGAUGUGGAACAAGGCAACCAAAAUUUCUAAUGAUCUACAAUCAAAAAGUUCAAUCAAUCCGAACCAACACCGAACAUCAUUUGUCUUGAUUUGCAUUUGUGUUAUGACCAGUGCUGUAGUUGCGGUUAGUCACAGUUAGUCAGUGACUAACCAGCUCAUAAAACUUCAACUUCUCAGGAAUCGAGAAAAUUUGUUUUUUGGAAAUUUUGAUAAUGACUGAUUCAAGUAACCACGAAGGGUGCAAAAGCAUUAAUACCUAUUGAGAUAUCGAAUCGUUUUUUAUUUAUUGGCUAAAUACAUAACAUCUUGUAAAGAUAAUUAGAAAGGGCGCCCUAGGAAUGUUUCUUGGGCACAGAACCACGAUAGGAGAAAUGAAAAGAGCGCCCUUUAAUUUAUUCCAGGGCGCAUAGUGGAAGUAUUUAAUACAUCAAAUGAUCCAACUGAGGGCGUAAAUCAUUAUUUUUUUCAAGCUAAAUAAAUAACAGUUAAUUAUUUUACUACACUAAAUUAUUUAAAAAAAAACAUUAAUUUUAUUACUCUUACUAACUACUUAUGUCUAUACACUACAAUGGUUAAAUCUAAACUGAAUCCGUUCGACAACUGCUCUUGAGGGUCAAGCUCCAGGUUAUUGUUUUUAUUUAGACUACCGGUUAGCUUCCCACAAAGUUAUAUUGAUGUUUUGAAUUCUUAUACCGGUUGCCCAUGUGUCGUACUUGUUGUUGUUGGAUUCCUGUGUUGAUCAUCAUUUAACUUAACUUCUUGUAAGGAAAAUAUAAAAGGGCGCCUUAUAAUUGAUUCCAGGGCGCAGAAUCACGAUAGGAGAAAUGAUAAGACCACUCAUAUAAUUGCUCCUAGGGCUUAGGUUGAAAGUAUUUUAAAAUACAUUCAAUAAUCCGUUAAUAAAUCCUAUAAUCAUGUAAUAAAUAAUAUUUUGUAGGUAAGAUUUGAAGAUGAUGCCUUAGGAUUGAUUCCGGGGCGCAGAAUCACGAUAGAAGAAAUGAAAAGGGUGCCCAUAUAAUUUUUUCCAGGGCGCAGGGUGAAAGUAUUUUAAAAUACAUCAAAUAAUUCUACAGCGUAAAUCAUUAUUUUUUUCAAGCUGAAUAAUUAACAUCUUGUAAGGAUAAUUUGAAAGGGCGGCUUAGGAUUGAUUCCAGGGCGAGCAAUCACGGUAGGAUAAAUGAAAAGGGCGCCCAUAUAAUUGCUCCUAGGGCACAGGGUGAACAUAUGUUGAGAUUUAUCAAAUUAAUUCACUGAGGGCGCGAAUCAUUAAUUAUUUUCAUGCUAAAUAAAUAACAUCUUGUAAGGAUAAUUUGAAAGGGCGCAUUAGAUAUGAUUCCAGGGCGCAGAAUCACGGUAAGAGAAAUAAAAAAGGGCUCCCAUAUCAAUAAUUCUAGGGUGCAGGGUGGAAGUAUUUUUAAAUACAUCAAGUGAUUCUACUGAGGGCGCAAAUCAUUAUCUAUUUUCAAACAAAAAAAUCUUGAAAGCCUUAUUUGGAAGAGCGCCUUAGGAAUGAUUCAAGGGCGCCGAAUCACGGUAGGAGAGUUGAUAAGGGCGCUCCUAAAAUUAAUUCCAGGGCGUAUGAUGGAUAAAUUUUUAAAUACUUUAUAUAAUUCUAAAAAAACAUAAGUAAGGAGUGAUUUAUUAUAUUCAAACAUAAAAUAUACUAGCAUUUAUAACUGUCUGUAAUCUUCAUCAACAGCUUUCAAUAGUUUCAAGUUGACUCUAUUGAACAAUUGGUCGAUAAUGAAGUUUUGAGUAAGAAAUGAUGAAGUUCAAUAAUUUUGAACAAGGUGAAAUUUUAUGAUUACUGGCAUCCUUUCUUCAAACUCGGCGUUGUUUAGUGAAUGUCGGUAUAGUAGAAUUAAUUACCACAUGAAUUAAACUGUUGGCGAUUCCAUUAUUAUUUUCCUAUUUCUUAAAUGCAUCUGAGAUAAGACAUUGUAAGAUUUUAUCAUUUUGACUAAAUACCGACUCAAUACAUAGUAAGGUAGUUCACCUUUCGAUAACACUAAAAAAAGCAUAAAAUUCACUUGUGAAGAAGUAAAUAACAGACUUCUUAGACAUUCUCAUCACAAAGAAUACGGGAAACCUAUCCUUUUUAAUAUAUAGAAAACCAACCAAAAUAUUAUACGUUAUACUUCUAAUCAUUCUCAUCAGCUUAAAAUGUCAGUUUUUCACCAUAUGAUUCAUUGAAUGCUUAAACUUGCCCAUGGAGAAAAUGCGGUAAGAAACGAGAAAUAAUUCCUUCUCGAUAUUGGGAAGUUUAGUGGAUAUUCGGAGCAAUCAAUUCAAACAGUUUUUGAUAAAAAGAAAAACUGUUGAAAAAAACAAGCACUUACUGCUUUAACCCAACCAUCAGAAAAUUCAAAAAGAGUUUCAGUAAGUGAAAUUAUAUAGGGUUUUUAUUUUAAGUCAAAAGUAGCGAAAUAUGUAGCUGAAAGUGUAAGAAUAUAUGUAAAUAUAUAAACAUUCCAGGUUUUAAUUUAUUUAUAUGUAACUUAGCAAAAUGAGUUAUUCUGUAAGAUGUAAAAUGAUUCAUAAAAAUAAGAUUUUUCUUCUGAAUAUGUGAUAUUCGUGUUAAUCGAAUACCCAAUUUGCUUACACAGCUCGAAAAAAUCUUGUGAUUUUACGUCUCAUAAGAUGCACAUGAAGGGAGCGUUGUACACUUCAUACGUAUUUAUAUUCAAGAACAUGGAAAGUUGUGUGAUUUGAAAUUUAAAUGGAUUGAAAUCCAAUCGGGAUAGAAAACAAAAGAUCGAUAGAAACAGCGCGGACUUCAACCGUGAAACAUUAGACUACAAGCACGCCAUUCAAUGGAUUAAACCACAGAUGCAAUACGACGCUCCAUUUAUCUUCAUCUUAUGAGAUGUGAAAUCACAAGAUUCAAUAGAAUAUUUCGCAACUUUCACAGCAAAUGUUUUCAAUACAAUCAAAAGCCUGGAUAUAUAACAAAACUCAGUUUUGAAAAAGUAGAUUUUGCACUCUAUCUCACAAUCACACAAUCGGAACUAUUAUUUGAAAAAAUAAUAAAUACAGAAAGUGAAAAUUGACACCUGGGUACUAAGAAACAUUCAGAUUAUGAUAACACAUUAUGUAUGCUGCAAAUUAGUUUUCAUGGUUGAAUUGUGUGGCAAUUAUAGAGCUUCAGGAAACUUAAAAAAGAGUUAAAAUGAAGUUUUUGAGGAAAAUACGGUGCCCCGCUCGCAUCAAAUAAGUCUGAUGGUAGAACUAUAUAACUGUUGUAUACAAAAAUACGAAGAUGAAGAAACAACAAACCCCGUUAUAGAAAUCUAACUUCAGUCAAUUGCAAUGCGCCCCUGAACCAUGGAAAUCAAGGCGCCCCUUCAACAAACUACAGUGACUAACCAAUGAAAUUUGAACAACUACCGCACUGGUUAUGACCGACGAAAUUACACCAUUAUCCCAAAUAUAUGCAAUUAUACCUUUGUACAUACUUGCGAUUUCGAUAAUUAAGCUUCUCUUCGCCAAGCUUGUGUUCAAGUUUUUUAUGCAAGCAGUUUUUUAGCGUUAAGUUUCUCUACCAUUCUGCGAUUUCGGUUGAAGCGAUAAACUGUUUCUCAUUAUCAAUCGAGUUCAUCUUAUAUAAAUUAGAAAUUAAUCUUAGGCACUCAAAAUUUAUCCAGAGGUAGUUGUCAAUUUCUCGUGGGGAAACGACAUAACAUGGAAUACCAAUUAAGGGCUGAGGCCAGUGUAUUUUAGAGCGUUUUAAAGGGGUAUUUUCACGCUUCAAAUCUGAUUUUCUCAGAAACGGUGACGAAUAUAAAAAAACUGUGAAAAUUUCAGAAUGAUUGUUUGACAUUAGCGGUCGGGAAAGUCUUUUUUCUGAAGGAAGAGUUGCAUAGCUGAAAACGGCAACUUUCAACUUGUUCAUUGAAUAUCUCGCCUUCAAAAGCAUGGAUCAAAAAUCUAUCCUGGCAAUGUCUAGAUAAUUUAGUUUAGAUGCGAUUAGUGCAUAAAAACAUUUAUGUUGUCGCGAUAAAAAUUAAGUGAAUGUUAUUUUUGUAAUGGUAAGCACGUUUCUAUGGUGGCACCAUUUUUUUCUGCUCUUGUAUUCUGGAACGUAACGAAACAUGAGAGAGAAAUAAAAUCGGCUCAUCAAGGCUGCCAAACAAGCGGUAGCUUUAUUGGAUUUUAUGUGAUGUAGUCAAACUUGUAACCGAAAAUAUCAAAACUUUCUUGGCCACCCGGCCACAUCGAGAGUCAUUUUACACAUUUACGAGAGAGCAUGGAGAGAAAUGAAAUACGCACAGCGAGCGACACGGUUUUACGCUAACAACUGGCAUCAGCCCUUAAAGCUUCGGAUCGUCUAAUGGCACGUUUUUGUUUUGCUGUCUAGCAACAAUCUACCUCUAGCAUGCUAGGAAUAGGACUGAAACGUUAGCUUUAAUUUCGCUUCUAUUUAUAGAUUCGCGUGCUUACAACAGCUUCGCUUUUGCAUCGAUUGGCCAAUCAGAGCGAUGCUCUCUCUUGAUACAUCGCUUACUCCUUCAAAACCGUCGACUAUGGCAGGGAAAUCCGGUAUGCUGGAGAUUUUUUGCAGACAAAAUAGGACACUGCUAGCUAUUAAUCAACAUUUCAAUGAUAUACAAUUCAAAAUACAUGGCUAUGAACAUUCAAAUCAAUACGUAGAAAUAUUUCCUAUCAAAUGAUGAAAUAAUAUUAAUAAUUGAUACAAAACAGACUGAGCUGUAAGUGUUAAAACCUGACCACAUUUCUACGUGUAGUUUGUUAUUGUGCACCCCUAAUAAAGAUGUGCUCCACAUCAAAAUGAAUUAUUCGGGAUGAAAAUUAUUCGGGAUGAAAAAUUUUUAAUUCGGGAUGAAUGCCUUCCGAUUGAAUCAAUGCAAAAAUCGAUCAUAUAUCGACUAGAUUUUGUGAAUAAAUGAAGGAAACGAAAAUUUCACAUUCAAGUCGGUCGGUCACUAGUGACGGCUAAAUUAAACCUUGUUUUUGAAGAAGAAACUGUGAAUAGCUACAAGAUAUCGAAUUUAUUUUACGAAUUAAGUUAAGAGUGAUGCUGGUUACUGAAGGAUUCUGAUUAAAUAUUCACGUCAGUAAACUUAUACGUACAAAAAGGUGGAGACUUUCUUUAAAAUAGAUUGAAGAAAUUUUGCAGUAGGGGACAUCAGAAAUAGUGAAAUUCGUGAGGUCUGUAUUGAAUUGAUCAAUAUCAUCAAUCGCUGUUGAAUGAAUUCGAACGCUAAUUUUGACCUGAAAUUAAGUUGUGCCAUGAUCACAGUGCCACCAAAAACUGACUUCGAGUUCAUCAGAUGGACGUAACAAUACUACUAACCCUGUUAGCAACGUAACAUCCGGUUUCGUAGAGCUCACAAGAAUACAUGGUCAGAUUGCAACCAUAUAUUUUUCAUUUACAAUCGUCAAACGUUUCCAAGGACGAACGAGGUAGUCACAAAUUAUGAAUGUUCUUCAUUGAUCCUUGCUGAUUCAUAAUUUGUUGUUUGUAAUUCAUGUUUAAUUACAAAUUACUGAAAAUAUUCCACAAAGCUUGAAAGGGAGAAUAAGGAAACGGUGUUUCAUUCUAAAGUAAGACGUAUUCACGUCAAAAGUUUCACGAAAUAUAUUUCUAUUCCUGUUACAAUUGCUACAACUCGUCAACGUUCUAUAUUUAAUGCACUAGCCCAAUUUGUCUAAGCAUGAACCCAUUUCUGAAUUCAGCUGCUAAAGCCAGAUUAUUUCGUUAUUACCGGAAUAAGAUUGAAUGCCACGUUAAGAACCCUGUUGUACCGUUUUCGAAGAUUCUAUGUACUCCUCCGAUGGAAACAAGUUGUACAUAUUUUGUUCACUUUAUUGAAAAGUAUAACAAUCGAGUAUGUUUAUAAAACACUACGUAGUAAAUAACCGAGAAUCAUGCAUGAACCGAAUCAAAACAUAUUGUAAACGAAAACGACAGAUUGAAUAAAACAAAAGCAAAGCACUGAAAUAACGUCGUCCUGACGUAUUUUGUUUUUUCGAUUAUUAUUAUUAAUAUUAUUAGUAAAGAAAACAAAAACGAGAAGCUGAUCCGGUCGAGAAAUUUUUCCUGUACAGCCAUGCGCCUAAAACUCAAAAGAAAAUGGUUUUCAAGCAGAAAAAUCAGGAGUAUCGAUGGAACCGGGUUUCCAAAUGUUCUCUUUUCGAAAGUUUUAGACUUGUUGCGACUCUUUGCAAACAUUAGCCGUAUCACGAGAUGCACUUCAAAAUAUUUAAAAUAUCAAAUAAAUAAAAUAAAUUUCAUUCUCACUAGAUUUUACACUUACAUAAGACCCAUUUAGUCAACUAGAAAACAUUCACGUCUUUAUCUGCCUUUUUCCGAUCUCCGAAGUAGAAUCUACAAUCACCAUCAAUUCGGAAACACAUUCGAGUAAAAAUAUCAAACACUCCUUCAUGUAGCGAAACUUUUCUCCCAAUUUCAAUGACUCACGUUGCAUCCUACCUAUUUAAACCUCAGAAGUAGCUAAGAAAAACGAAUUUGAAAAUUCAUAAAAAAACACAGAAACCACUAUUUCUUCCGGUUUUCUGUCUAUAUAAAAAUAAAACACUUUCUUGUGUAUCGCUGUACUGUACUGAAACGGGAUCCCACUUUAUCAACUAGAAAAAUGUGAAAUUGAAACAGAGGUAAUAAUGACAAUAUUAUUGAAAUAAAAAAGAAAUUUGAAAUAAAAAAUUGUUACUCCGCAAGAAUCGUUCAAGCAAAAGACACAAAUUGAUGCCGUUCUUAAGUAUCUGUACUUAACAAAGGAAAAAAAAUAACUAGAACCUUAGCCGAAUCAUUAUUUUAUGUAGACAAUUUCAUUGCUGGCAGGUCGUUUGGAGUCCAGUUCGAUCCGAUAGAACGUUAGUCGCAGUCCAUCCAGAGGGCGCGAGCCGAGUUUUUUAAGUAUCUCCAUAAGUUUUUAUACCAUUUUGCUUAUUACAGCUUGUUAGACAAAGGACUCGACAAAUUUGGCAAGGAACGAAAAACGAUUUUGUACGCAAUUUUUGAGUAUGAAGCAAAACAGAAACCCACUGAAAUAUAUCAAGUUACGUUUAUUGCCCGA